GAGUGCCUGUAUGUGUGUGAGUGUGAGAGAAUGUGUGCGUGCGCCCGUGAGUGUGUGUGUGUGUCUCCGAGUCCCUGGGAGAGUGGAGGCUCAUUCACUGAUUAGAGCCAGCGCUGAGAGGCAGCACUGCUCCUUCUCUCACACCAACCGAGUCUCUUAAUCUGUACAUGCAAUCCCAGGCAGCUCGCGCACACAGACCCGGGGCCAGCCGCCUGCUGCUGCUGCCGCUGCCGCCGCCGCCGCCGCCGCCGCCGCCGCCGGCCCUGCGCACCCGGGACUUUUCAUGCACCACCCUCGCCGCCUCCUUCCCUCCGUGUCCUGAAAAGUGCGACCAUUCUCCCAAGGCAUUUACACGGUCUUAGAAGGGGAUGAUUCCCCAGUAACGUUCCCUGCCCUGAUCCAAGGUGCCCUCGGCCUCCCUCCCGGCUGCUUCUCGUGUGACGCGGGCCCCAGAAAGGAACUCCGAUGGACUUACACCGGGCAGCCUUCAAGAUGGAGAACUCAUCCUACCUCCCCAACCCGCUGGCCUCGCCGGCGCUGAUGGUCCUGGCGUCCACGGCCGAGGCCAGCCGCGAUGCCUCCAUCCCUUGUCAGCAGCCACGGCCCUUCGGGGUCCCGGUCUCGGUAGACAAGGACGUGCAUAUUCCAUUCACCAACGGUUCCUACACCUUCGCCUCGAUGUACCAUCGGCAGGGUGGGGUGCCUGGCACUUUUGCCAACCGAGAUUUCCCCCCUUCUCUACUACACCUCCACCCCCAGUUCGCUCCCCCAAAUCUAGAUUGCACUCCAAUCAGCAUGCUGAACCACAGCGGUGUGGGGGCCUUCCGCCCCUUUGCUUCCACUGAGGACAGGGAGAGCUACCAGUCAGCCUUCACGCCAGCCAAGAGACUGAAGAACUGCCAUGACACAGAGUCUCCCCACUUGCGCUUCUCAGAUGCAGAUGGCAAGGAAUAUGACUUUGGGACCCAGCUGCCAUCUAGUUCCCCUGGUUCCCUCAAGGUCGAUGACACUGGGAAGAAGAUCUUUGCUGUCUCCGGCCUCAUCUCGGACCGAGAGGCCUCAUCUAGCCCAGAGGACCGGAAUGACAGAUGUAAGAAAAAGGCAGCCGCAUUGUUUGACAGCCAGGCCCCUAUUUGCCCCAUCUGCCAGGUCCUGCUGAGGCCCAGCGAGCUGCAGGAGCAUAUGGAGCAAGAACUGGAACAGCUGGCCCAACUGCCCACCAGCAAGAAUCCCCUCCUGAAGGAUGCCAUGGCCCCAGGUACUCCCAAGUCCCUCCUGCUGUCUGCUUCCAUCAAGAGAGAAGGCGAGUCUCCGACAGCAUCCCCACACUCCUCCGCCACCGACGACCUGCACCACUCGGACAGAUACCAGACCUUCCUGCGAGUGCGAGCCAACCGGCAGACCCGACUGAAUGCUCGGAUUGGGAAAAUGAAACGGAGGAAGCAAGAUGAAGGGCAGAGGGAAGGCUCCUGCAUGGCUGAGGAGGAUGCUGUGGACAUCGAGCAUGAGAACAGCAACCGCUUUGAGGAGUAUGAGUGGUGCGGGCAGAAACGGAUACGGGCCACCACUCUCCUGGAAGGUGGUUUCCGAGGCUCUGGCUUCGUCAUGUGCAGCGGCAAAGAGAAUCCGGACAGUGACGCCGACUUGGAUGUGGAUGGGGAUGACACUCUGGAGUAUGGGAAACCACAAUACACGGAGGCUGACGUCAUCCCCUGCACAGGCGAGGAGCCUGGUGAAGCCAAGGAGAGAGAGGCACUCCGGGGUGCAGUCCUAAAUGGCGGCCCUCCCAGCACGCGCAUCACACCUGAGUUCUCUAAAUGGGCCAGUGAUGAGAUGCCGUCUACCAGCAACGGGGAGAGCAGCAAGCAGGAGGCCAUGCAGAAGACCUGCAAGAAUAGUGACAUCGAGAAAAUAACCGAAGAUUCAGCUGUGACCACGUUUGAGGCCCUGAAGGCUCGGGUCAGGGAACUCGAACGGCAGCUAUCCCGCGGGGACCGCUACAAAUGCCUCAUCUGCAUGGACUCAUACUCGAUGCCCCUAACGUCCAUCCAGUGUUGGCAUGUGCACUGCGAGGAGUGCUGGCUGCGGACCCUGGGCGCCAAGAAGCUAUGCCCUCAGUGCAACACCAUCACAGCGCCCGGAGACCUGCGGAGAAUCUACUUGUGAGCUAGCCGCCCAGCAGGCCUUGCCUCAAGCAGCCCCCCUGCCGCCUCUGUGAUGUGACCCUACCCCUUGUACAUACUUGCACACCGGUUCCCCAUGUACAUACAUGCACACACGCACGCACACACACAGGCCUCUGGAGCCAGAGUGGAUGCGGAGGCCAGGCCCUGCCACGCUCCCACCGGGAUGGGGGACCACACCUGUUCCAGGUUCUGUUCCCAGGGUGGGGCAGGGAGGUGCAGGUGGGGUGGGUAGCAGGGCGAGGCUCCUGAGUUCCAGCCCCCAGACUGACCGACUGACAGACAGACAGACAUGCAAACACCAGACUGAAGCACAUGUAAUAUAGACGUGUAUGUUUACAAUGUUGUGUAUAAAUGGGAUAACUCCCCGCCCUCUCCCCUCCCUCCCCUUUGGUUGUAUGAUUUUCUUUUUUUAAGAACCCCUGGAAGCAGUGCCUCCUUCAGGGCUGGCUGGGGGCUCGGCCCAUCCACCUCUUGGGUGCCUGCCUCUCCUUCCCUCGGUGUCCCUUCCCUCUCCCAUGUGCUCGGUGUUCAGUGGUGUAUAUUUCUUCUCCCAGACAUGGGGCGCACGCCCCCAGGGACAUGAUCCUCUCCUUAGUCUUAGCUCCUGGGGCUCUUCGUAAGGAGCUGGGGGAGGAGGCGGCACAGAAAUGGGAACCGAGGCGCAGCAGGGGCUGAGAUGGGCUGGGUGAGGGUGCUGCUGGCCGCCCAGCCUUCUGCCAAGAACCAUUCCUGGGACUCAAGCUACUGUUCCCGGGAAGCGUGUCGCCUCCCCACCCCUCCGUGGGCCCCAUGGUGUGAUGCUGUGUCUGUAUAUUCUAUACAAAGGUACUUGUCCUUUCCCUUUGUAAACUACAUUUGACAUGGAUUAAACCAUAUAAACAGCU